ACCUUUACAUAUAUUAGUCUGUAUAUAUCCAUAUUUGUACAAGAUCUAUUAACCACACAACAGAUUCGAAGCAAAAGAGAGAAAAAGAUGUCUGCGAAUUUUAUGGCGACAAUCACGGAAUCGAAGUCGUCGGAGACACAAUUCACGAGAUGCGAAAGUUGCGGUAUGACGGAGGAGUACACGGCGGCGUAUGUAGAGAGCGUACGAAAGCUCUACGCCGGAAAAUUGAUCUGCGGGCUCUGUUCCGAGGCGGUGGAUUACGAGAUUUUCCGGUGGGGGAAAAAACAGAGACGAAUCGGCGUCGAGGAGGCUUUAGAGAUUCACACGAGGUUUUGCCGCGAGUUCGUUACUUCUCCGUCUCCGACCAUUGAUUUCAUAUCGGCGAUCGGUGAAAUGUUCAGGAGAAGAUUAAUAACUCUGGAUUUGCCGAGGGUUGUGACGUCAGAAUCGCCGUCGCCGAGGAGUAUUCCGGCUGUGGACGGUGAAGCUAUUUGUGCUGCGGCAGUGAUUGGUGGAAAUGGAAGUUGUUUGCCUGCUUUGUCCGGAGGUGCAUAGAUUCGAAUAUUCGAUUUUCCGGCGAUGAAGAAAGCGUGCGUUUGAAGUAAAAAAAAAAAAACAUGUAUUUAGAAGUAGUCAAUUAGAGAAAGAGGUAAAAAAAUCUGUAAAUUAUAUACUUAAAAACAAAAAAACAAAAAUCUGUAAAUCGGGAAUUUAGGAUAUUGAC